CCCGCGUAAGCCGCAACUGCUCCUCGGAGACGGCUGUACGGAGUCCCGACGCUCGAACCGACGGACAGGCCCCGGAGAGCAGGGCCGAUGGACACCUUCAGCACCAAGAGCCUGGCCCUGCAGGCCCAGAAGAAGCUCCUGAGCAAGAUGGCGUCCAAGGCCACCGUGGCCGUGUUCAUCGACGACACGAGCAGCGAGGUGCUGGAUGAGCUGUACCGCGCCACCAAGGAGUUCACCCGCAGCCGCAAGGAGGCCCAGAAGGUGCUCAAGAACCUGGUCAAGGUGGCCGUGAAGCUGGGCGUCCUGCUCCGCGGCGGCCAGCUGGGCGGCGAGGAGCUGGCCCUGCUGCAGCGCUUCCGCCAGGGGGCGCGCCGCCUGGCCAUGACCGCAGUCAGCUUCCGCCAGGUGGACUUCACGUUCGACCGGCGCGUGCUGGCCGCCGCCCUGCACGAGUGCCGGGACCUGCUGCACCAGGCCGUGGGCGCGCACCUGACCGCCAAAUCCCACGGCCGCAUCAACCACGUCUUCGGCCACUUGGCCGACUGCGACUUCCUGGCGGCGCUCUACAGCCCCGCCGAGCCCUACCGCUCGCACCUGCGCCGCAUCUGCGAGGGCCUCACCAGGAUGCUGGACGACGACAGCAUAUGACCUCUGGGCCUGGGUUUGCUGCGGGGGCGGGGGCAGCUCCAGAACCUCUUUUCUCCCAUCCAAUUCUGGCCAAAUCCCCGGGACAGGUGCCCAUCCUCUCGGAGAGGAUGCUAAUCCGUCGGAAGCAGUGGUUUUAAGGGAUCUUGUCGCCUCUCCCUCCGCCCCAUCUCCAGAGGAGAGGAGCUCAGCCUGCUGGCCCGUGGCCCCCCCCAGGCACCCCGAGACUGCUCUCUGCCCGGGCCGGCCUGACCUGACCCGCACCACCCCUCCAGCCACCGGAUGCCUUUGGAAGCUGGCGCUCGCCACUUAAUGAUGAACGAUGUUGCCUGUUCCUUGCGACAGGGUCGUGGUGAACCGGGAGAAAGGGAGUGUUAUGGGGUGAGCUGCAUCUCCCCAGAUUCUUUGGAGUCCUAGCCCCCAGGACCUCUGACUGUGACCUUCUUGGGAAAGAGGAUCGUUGCAGAUGUAGUUAGUUAAGAUGAGGUCACGCUGGAGUAGGGCUGGGCCCCUGGUCCUUGUAGGAAGGGGACAUUCGGACGUGGGUGAAGAUGGGGGCAGACACUAGAACGGCCCGGCUGACACCCUGAUCACAGGCUUCUGGCCUCCAGAACUAAGAGGGAACACAUUUCUGUUGCUGUCUCCGCCCGGCGGGGGGCACUCCGUUCUGGCAGCCCCAGGGCAGGUGCGCCGGGCGCCAAGGAGAGCGCCGGGGUGGCUGCUGUAGGUAGGAUGUCUCGAUGGGGUUGGAAUCGCAGCCGACUCCCACGUGUGAAGGGUCAGAGUGUGUCCCCGGCCCGGGGCUCCAGGGUAAAGCCAUCUGAGAGGCAUGCCCAUUUGAAGAUGAUUAUCUCAUGUGUGUUCGGUAGACCAACACCUGUUUUGACGAGACCACGGAAAGCAAGGCUCAACAAAUUCUGGCUUUGGCGACACCCAGAGGAUGCAGGGACUCUCAACUCAGGGCGCAGAUGGACACGUGGGGUGUGGGAGUGUAGCUGUGACGCUCGUUUGUAGAAGGGGCAUUGGUUCUAGCGGACUGCGUAACGCUGCGGCAGGUGGGCCGAGGCAGGGCUGGGAAGGCUGUUCGGGGCACCUGCAGGGCGGGGGAGGGGGGACGAGGUCUCACGACUACUUGUGCAGGACCAGGUCUGUGGGGCACAGCUUUCAAACCGGAGGACUGCAGGCCUUUGUGGGCGAGCAGACGGGUGUGGUCAGCCCCAUCCAUUGUUUGAGACACCUGGCAUUUGUCAAGGAAACUGCACGCACCCAUCUAGACGUGGAGUCUUCCUCGGAACCUUGCCUGAGCCUGCGCUGGCCACCGGUGUCACUGCACUGACAUUGCCCCUCCGGCCCACUGCAGUCCCCACCACACCCUUUUGCCUCCCCCUGGCCUGCUGCACUGGCUGACAGGGCACCGUUGCCCCAGAUGCAGGACAGCCUUCCUCUGGUUGGGUUUCUGCUUCCCUGAGAAAGCCAAGGUUCUCCUGCCCGAGAGCCAGCCCCUCUGCCCACCUCUGCCCCACCUCUGCCCCACCCCGCUAAGGCAAACCUGCCCUCCCAUCUUCCGUCAGGAGACAGAUCUUCACAUUCAAGAACAAUCUGCGUUCUGAGCACCCAAGAAGCCCCAGAGGAAAGAAAGCCUUUGUCCUCGGCUUUGCACACUGAAUGCAUCCAUAUGCCUAAGGCUUUGUGCCCUGCUGGGCUGCCCAGCCUGUCCUGACUCUUCAUAAUUUGAGAUUUAAUUAGAAAAGCCAAAGAGCACUACAGAACUAUUUCAAUAAAAGCACACAUCUUCCAUUUGCAUUAUGUGGGACUAGCGGUUAAAUUGCUGGUGCCGGCUGACAGUUUUCUCUUGCCCUCCCGGGGCUCCUGCCCUUCAACCCGAGCUUGCGUGUAAUGUCACAUGCCCGCAGUGCAGUCCUCGCUGACAGGUUCAAGUUCUGCUCCCCCAGGCGCCAAGAGGGCGGACGCGCGGGCCCGCAGAGCUCGGCCUGUGUGCACCCAAACGGGUUCGGCUCAGCAUCUCAUCAUGACCAAAGACCCCAGGGCCAGGGUGGGUUCCUUUUCGAGUUUAUCCGAAAUAUCUAGAAAGAUGCCUGCAAAUGGCUGGUGGGGGCAAGGGCAACUAGUUUGCAUCCAGAUGUCCUGCCCUGUCCCAGGACCAGCAGGUACUGGCUCUGCAUCCUUGAUGACCCCACAAGAUUUGGAAGUUGUAAGUGAUUCCAGGCUGGUCAUGGAUGCAUCUGUCCCUCCUGCUGGGGUCGGGCCCAUGUGACCCGCGGCGGCCCCGGGUGCCACGUCACUCCCGCAUUUCCAGCUGCCUUGUUUCUGCAGGGGACCCUGGGCGGCCAUGUCUCCGGUGUG